GGGUAUGAGGGCAGAGACAAGUAAGCUGCUGCUCCAGGCCCCUCGGGGGCACUGCUCUGUCAUCCUCAUCACGACCCUGGCCUAGCACUAUACACAGGACCACAGGAGCCCAUGGCAGCUCCCUCGUAAGUGGCAGAGCUGGGCUUCAGCCAGUCCCUCUGACUUCCAAGCUAAGGCCCCUAACCACUCUGCAGCAGGAAGCAAACCCGUGACCCACGGCCAGAAAGCAGGACAUCAGUGUUUUCGUCAACCUUUGCAGAGAGAUCUCUCAAGCCACAGCUGCACAGCUCCUGAGGGACACAGCGAGGCUGGCCCCCUCAUCAAAGCAAACGAGAGGGUUAUGCGUGAAUGACCGAACAACGCCUGGCCCUCGUGAGUGACCUGGAACCGGAGCAGACUCCGCCUCUGGGAAUGUCCCCUAAGGAAAGCGGGCUUUCUGCAGAGAACACACGUCCUCCAGGCAGACCACCACAUGUGGCACCCAGGACCCUCCAGCUGAGAUGGGCUUGUCGGUGGAGGACCUGGAGACCACAGCACAGGAAGUGCUGGGGAAACUGAGGAGCCGCCAGCCGUUCCAGUCCAAGUGGGACACCGCUGCCUUCAUCAUCCUCCUCGUCUUCAUCAGCGCCGUGCUCCUGCUGCUGCUGCUUGCUGGCAUCCACUGCUGCUGCUGCACCUGCUGCAGCCGUGGCCCCCCCAGAUCCCAGAAGGUGAGCCCCAAGAAGGAAGGCCGCAGGGGAGUGGAUAACUUGGCCCUGGAACCCUGACGCAGCGAGUCCCCCAGCCCCUCUGCCUGUGUGUUCCCUGGGGCAACAGUAACAAUGGCUUGUUUGCCCAGA